AUGUUUGAAAAAUCGCUACAAAUUCGAUUAAAAAUCUUUCCAUCGAACCAUCCUGAUAUUGCAGUAUCUUAUAUUAAUAUUUCAGGAGUAUAUGAGUCGCCUCAUGAUUAUGAUAAAUCGAUUGAGUAUUUAAAGAAAGCAUUCGAAAUUCAACUUCAUUCCCUUUCACCAAACCAUUCGCAUUUUGCAACAACUUACAAUAGUUUGAGUAUGGGAUAUUACAAACAAGGGAAAUUCAACGAAGCAUUGCAAAUGUAUGAAAACUCUUUAAAGAUUUUUCUUCAAGCUCUACCAUCGGAUCAUCCUCACAUUGCAACGUCGUAUACUAACAUGUCGCAAGUUUACAGUGCACUUGGUGAACAUGAAAAAGCAAUCGAUUAUCUGAACAAAGCACUUGCUAUACUAUUAAAUUCACUUUCAUCGUAUCACCCUUCUGUAGCUACGAUUUACAACAGUUUAGCUUCAACAUAUUUUGAAACAAAUAAAAUUCAAGAAGUAAUACAAAUGUUUGAAGUAUGUCUUGAGAUACAAUUGAAAAUUUAUCCACCUGAUCAUCCAAAUAUCAUAAAAACGUAUGAACAAGUUUUGAUUGUGCAUAUGCAUGAAGGUACCAAUGAGGAGACGGUUAAAUGUUUAAACAAAAUACUUGAAAUAUAG